AUGUCCACUGGAGGCAGGUUUGACUUUGAUGAUGGGGGGUCGUACUGCGGGGGGUGGGAGCAGGGUAAGGCCCACGGCCGAGGGGUCUGCACGGGGCCCCAGGGUCAGGGCGAGUACGCAGGGGCCUGGAGCCACGGCUUCGAGGUCCUAGGCGUGUACACGUGGCCCAGUGGGAACAGCUACCAGGGCACCUGGGCGCAGGGCAAGCGCCACGGCAUCGGCGUGGAGAGCAAGGGCCGCUGGGAGUACCGGGGCGAGUGGACGCAGGGGUUCAAGGGCCGCUACGGGCAGCUGGAGAGCACGGCCAGCGGGGCCCGGUACGAGGGGACGUGGAGCAACGGCCUGCAGGACGGAUACGGCACAGAAACCUACUCUGACGGAGGAACCUACCAAGGCCAGUGGUUGGGUGGGAUGCGUCACGGUUAUGGCGUGCGGCAGAGCGUACCGUACGGCAUGGCGGCCAUCAUCCUCUUCCCUCUGCGAACAUCAAUAAACUCCCUCCGCUCCGAGCACAGCCACGGCCCCCCCGCUGUGCUGGAGGACGGCACCCCCACCGCGCCCACAGAUGGGGUGGUGGCCGGGCUGGCCGGGAGCCCAGUGGGCCGAGGUGGGUUUGCUCUGACGGCGCCGAGUGAAGCUGAACGCCAGAGGAAAAGAAAAGGUCGUUUCCGUCAGUCCAUCCUGAGCGGCCUGAAGCUGCGUCGCUCCGAGUCCAAGAGCUCGCUGGCCAGUCAGCUCAGCAAGCAGAGCUCCUUCUGCAGCGAGGCCGGCAUGAGCACCGUCAGCUCCGCCGCCUCCGACAUCCACUCCAACGCCAGCGAGAGCGAGCAGGGCCCCCCUGUGGACGCCACUGUCACUGAAAUGUAUGCAGGGGAGUGGCGGAGCGACCAGAGGGCGGGCUGGGGUGUGAGCCGGCGUUCGGACGGCCUCCAUUACUCAGGCGAAUGGGUGGGGAACAAGAGGCACGGAUACGGCUGCACCACCUUCCCAGACAGCACCAAGGAGGAGGGGAAGUACAAGCAGAACGUGCUGGUCAGCGGAAAACGCAAGAACCUGAUUCCACUGAGGGCCAGUAAGAUCCGAGAGAAGGUGGACCGAGCGGUGGAAGCCGCUGAGAAGGCCUCAGACCUCGCCAAGCAGAAAGCAGAGAUCGCCAUGUCCAGGAUGAGUCACGCCCGAGGGAAGGCGGAGGCGGCGGAGGGAGUCGCCCUCAAAGCCACAGAGGAGUGUCGCCUGGCCCGGAUCACUGCCAAGGAGCUGUCCCCCUCCUUCCACAUCUACGGGAAUGGUGAGCUCAUAGGGCUCGAUUGUCAAAGGCCGUCUCACCAGGACGCCAGGGACAAGGACCAUGAGGUCAUGUCCACGGGAACAGACAGUCCGGAGCUGUGCACGCCGGACACCACGCCCCCUGUGAUAACCCCUGACCUCAGCCCCGUGCUGAGCGUACCCGCCUCGCCGCCCCACAGCCCCCCCAAGCACGCCCAUCGCCCCAGAAAUGCUUGCUUCAUGCGCCAGAGUGCUGUGGAUGAUCAGGGCGGGGCCGAGAUCCAGGUGCUGGUGGAGGGGCGGGGGGUGGACCUGCCGAGCGGAGGGGCUAACAACUGGACCGAUGACAUGUAUCCGGAGCGGGGGGGCAGCAGCCGCUCCACCACGCCCUCCCUUCUGGAGGAGCAGGAGGCCCAGAUUAAUGGCCACGAGCAAACGCCUCUGUCCAACCACAAACCACGGGAGAAGUCCUCGUCCAAUCACAAGUCCCGGGAACACGCCUCCUCCUACAGAGCGUGGGAGCACUCCCUGUCCAACCAAAAGCCCUCCAAGCACGCCUCCUCCAAUCACAAGUCGAGGGAGUACUCAUCCUCCAAUCACAAAACAUGGGAUCAUUCUUCCACCAAUCAUAAGCCCUGCGAGCACGCCUCUUCCAACUACAAGCCGCAGGUGCACAUUUUAUCCAAUCACAAAGCCUUGGAACAUAACAUGUCCAAUCACAAGACUUCUGAGCAUGCUUCUUCCAAUCACAAGUCCCAAGAUUAUAUCUCCUCUAAUCACAAUGCAAAGGACCAGGUGUCCUCUACUUAUAACCCUCGAGAGCAUGUCUACUCCAACCACCAUCCGAAGCAGCACAACCCGUCCAACCACAAGCUGAACGAGCACGCCGGAAUCGACCAAAGGCUGGACGGCCUCACCGUGGGCUGGACCGCUGAGAGCACCCUGAGGUGGAGCCCCGCCCACUCGCGCCUCACCGAGCAGGAUGAGGAGCGGAUGAAUGACUAUACGGUGGACAUGAGGCUGCAGGGUCCGGACUCACACCCGCCUCAGAACAACCGGCUGCGAGCCCGAGGCCUGCGGCCGGUCAGAGAAGGAUCCAUGGACUCUGUACAGAUGCUGGACAACCUGAAUGUGGGGGCGGAGCUGGAGGAGUGGCCGCUGCACAGGGACCUCACCCUCUCCCCGCCCCUCAAGUCUCAACCCAUCACUCUGGAGCAGGAAGGAGAUCAUCUCACGCUCAAAUCAAACUCAGGCUCCAGCUCUAUUCUGGUGGUUAUGGUCAUUUUACUCAAUAUUGGAGUAGCCAUUCUUUUCAUUCACUUCUUUAUUUAAGCUUAUACAGGUAUGAUCUACUAAGACUUAUUGAUAACUACGGUAUAUUAUAUUAUUACUUACUGGGACGGACAUGUUGCUGAUUGGACUGGAGGCCGCAGCCGGAGCGACGGACACAUCAGAGCCUUUCUACUGUUGCUACCGGACUCUUCACCUCUUCAGCUCCAGCUCCAGGUUCUCUGAGAACUCUCCCUUUUCCAAUGCUUGUUUUGAGCUUGUAACCACAGAGAAGGUUUAUCGGUGGAAGACGGUGCAGCUUCAGACGAGCGCGGUGCACCAGGACCAUGUGACUGGGUGUAGGUCCCGUUCUGCUGAAGGGACUGGAGAUGGAACAGGCAUCCAUUUUAUUUUCCACCGCUUUAGAUAAGAAUAUAGCAACUCUUGUUUCCUGGUUAUCGUGAGAACCAUGACACACUCACUUCAUCCACACACAAUAACCCCCUUUGCCUUUGCCCCUUCGCCCUCUCAGUUCACCAGCCCCCCCGCACUAUGCGCUACAUACAGAACUAUGCUGCAAGAGUAGAUCCAUUUUAAAGGGCUCCGUCAUUAUUCUUUUCUUAUUUUUCCACAAACAUAAACACACAACCAUUGCAUGAGGCUGUGUGGGAUUUUAAAAGUGCAUUUUCUAUCCCUUUAACAUCACCGUUCUGUCCUCAUUUGUACGCACUCAUCCCGACUGUCACUUCCUGUCACUGCACCUGUCGGCAGGACAUUUGGAAAUCACUUCACGUCCACGUCUCAGAAUCUGACCCAAUCAGAUUCACGUUUGAUCCGCGAAUCAAACGUCCUCGACCGACGCCGGCCAGGACCCGGGGGUCUGACCCCUCGAGGAACAUCCACCAGUUCAUCGUGAAGUGAAGUGAAGUUUAAUGUCGACCCACAUGACGCACACAUUCGCACGCAAAGAGAAAACCACAUAGACACAUGUACCUGCUGACAUACUGAGGAGGAUUCAGCCUUGCCCCUUUGUACAGCCUUGAGACUGUUAUGUUAUAACUACUAAUUCUAAUAUAUAUGUGUAUGUGUCAUUAUUAUUCAAGUUUCUUACUUUUGCAGUUUGCAAGACAGAGAGAAUGCUGAGUGCCUCGUAUUUAUCCAUGUUCCUCCUCAAAUUGAUUUAACCCACGGCCCCAUCAAGCCCCCUCGUGGGCAGUGACGAGGAGACGACCCUUCACCAUUAGGGAAGGUGACCCCCCCACCCUCCUACAUGCAACCCUCCUCCUCACCCUGAAAUGGCAUGCACUGUUUGGUCUCUCUCCCACUCCCCCUGGUGGACCAGUCACAAAGGGAGCCACGGGGUUUGUACGGUGUCAUUUCCAGGCACUCUUUGGGCCGGAUGAGAUUUCAGCAUGUUUGUUUGGCUGCUCCAUCUGGUGUCGCUCUGUGAGUUCCUCCCUCUCUUUGUCCAGCAACACGAGGCUGCGUGAGACGUGGAGGGCGGUGUAAAAUAAA